GCCUUUCAUCUGCCAGGGCUAUUAAGCAUGUGCCCGUUCCAGCGAUCUAGAGAGGGACAAUAAUCAAGAGCACAUCAUAAGCCAUCUACCCAAAUAGCAAGUUCUGUUUCGCCUGAGAUCUCAGCGCACUUCGCGCGAUUCGGCCAGUGAGACGUGUGCAAAUGACAGUGCGCUCCGUUGGUAAUGGUAUCAACUAUCGCAUCCUCUGGGCUUCAGGUCGCCCACAAAAAACCCAAAAGCACCUAUGGGCCAAAGACUGAUGAACCGAUGAUUACUGAUGGAUUGGAUAGUGAUAUUGACUUAGUCAAGUACUCAAAAGAUGAUAUCAGCUCAACAUAUUUCAAGACUGACGUUGUGUGGCAAAACGUAGUGGCUUUUAUAACGCUUCACGUGCUUUCCGUUUAUGGUUUAGUGGCUUACGGACGGGAACUUGGCGUCAAAGGGUUAUUAGGAAUAUAUUUUGGGGCGCAGUUGUCUGGACUUGGGGUAACGGUCGGUGCUCAUCGGCUAUGGGCCCAUCGAUGCUACAAGGCUCGGAUGCCCUUCCGAAUCUUUCUCAUGCUACUUCAAACAACGGCUGGGCAGAAUAGCAUCUACACUUGGUGUCGGGAUCACAGAAUGCACCACAAAUAUACGGAAACUGAUGCCGAUCCCCACACGACGACCCGGGGGAUGUUUUUCGCCCACAUGGGGUGGCUAAUGAUGAAAAAACACUCCGAAAUAAAACGACUGGGCCGCAGUCUCGAUUGCUCCGAUUUAUGGGCGGAUUCCGUCGUCCGCUUCCAGUAUCGAUGGUUUGUCCCGUUGGUGUUCGUAGGAGCCGGCGUGUUACCUUUCUUGGUUUAUCUCUACUUAGGCCUACGGCCGGUUUGCGCCAUAUUUGCCACUCUCAUCCGCUAUUUGCUCUUACUUCACGGCACGUGGUGCGUAAAUAGCUUAGCACAUUGGCUUGGCAGCCGGCCCUACGACCAGACGAUCCGUCCAUCGGAGCACAAAUUUACCUCAUUUUUGACCAACGGCGAAGGCUUCCACAACUUUCAUCAUGUGUUUCCCUUCGACUAUAAAGCGGCCGAAUUGCAGUUCUCGCCAUUGAAUAUGUCUACCGUGUGUAUUAACGCAAUGGCUGCGAUUGGACAAGCGUACGAUCUUAAAGAGGCCUCAAAGGAAAUAAUACUUAAAAGAAAAGCCCGAACUGGGGAUGGUAAUAUUUCGUAACAACUAGUUUGCUAGAUGAAUUGGUUUAUGAACAGUACAUAGUAUAGAUACUAACUUUACAAACUUUGCAUUUUGCACUUAUUUAAUAAUCAAUACAUAACAUAGUAAAAUAAAAUGUUUGAUGUUUGUA